AUGCCGUCGCUCACAACGUCGUCCACGCUCGUCGUGCGCGCCCCCGUCGCGGUAUCGAGGACGAAACGCCCGUCCUCGCGCGCCACGGCCCGACCCCAAGGACCCUCCCCGUUCCGCCCCGUCCACGUGUCGCGGUGGAGCCCGGGACUCUCUCGCCGUGGGCGACUCGUAUCGACCCCGGGGGCGAUCGCGGAUCCGGAACCGCCCUCAUCUUCAAACUCCGCGUCCCCGGUGAUCGUGGAUGCCCCGGACGUCGGCGCGCACGGCUCGGGCAUCGCUCCGUCCCCGCCCCAGCCAAGCAAAACCGUGAUUGUAGGUGGCGGUCCCAGCGGCCUAUUUGCGGCCAUCAUGCUCGCCCGCCGGGGAUGGACCAACAUCGAGGUGUGGGAGAGGCUGCAGCGCCCGCCCUCCCCGGACGCGAACGAGAUCUGGGGCGACCCCAACAGGAGCUACUGCAUCGGCGUGAGCGGCCGCGGGCAGAUUGCGCUAACGCGAUUGGGAUGCGUCGACCGGGUCCUUUCGUACUGCAAGACGGUGAACGGCCGCAUGGACUGGUCGCCGCAGAACCCCGAGGGCAAGGAGACGAUAUCGAACAAGCAGUACGCCACGCAGGUCAUACAGCGCGACAGGCUCGUCGCGGCGCUGCUGAAGGAGGUUGAGGAGAAGUACGCCGACGCCGUGACUGUCACGCACGGCGUGCAGUGCGUCGAAUGCGAGUGGACGGGAGCCGGGGGCGCGAUCCUGACGCGUCAGCCCACGGAGUGCAGAUCGGACGAGCACAAGUCCGGGGACGAGGACGAUGACGAGACGUGCGAGGCGCCGGUGAUGGACGACGAGGCUGGGGUCAGGGUGACGGUUCCGGUUCCGUUUGUCAUCGGAGCUGAGGGCGCGUCCCGUCGCAACGCGGUGAUGCGAGCCAUGGACGACGACGACGCGUGCGACGCGAAGAUGGUUCGGUUCGAGGACACGAACCCGAGGGUGUACAAGACCAUUCCCAUCAACCUUCCCGAGUCGUACAGGGACGACCUCAACUACAGCGCCAGGACCAAGGGUGGCGUCGCGCUGGAGGCGUUACCCACGAAGGAGGGUCUGCUGGUCGGCAUCCUGCUCGUCAAGCCAGGGGACAAGGAGACGUGCGCCAAGCUCGAGUCCAGGGAGAGCCUGAGGAAAUACUUCGACGAGGACUUUCCGAUGUUCACGGAUUUCGUCACCGACGAGGACCUGGAGCUCAUGGCCAAGCGGCCGCUGUCUACGUUGCCCACGUUUGCUUAUUGCGGUGGCGGCUCUUUGCACAGGCGAGUCGCGGAGGAUGGAGACUCGAGCGAGGAGGCUGGCGGCGCGUGCCUCCUCGGCGACAGCAUUCACACCGUCAAGCCGUACUUUGGCCUGGGCGUCAACAGCGCCUUUGAGGAUGUGACCAUUCUGGACGACUGCCUCACCUCCGCGGCGGGUUCCGGGAAGUGGACGGAGGCUCUGGCGGACUACUCCAAGAAUCGAGCCGAGGACGCCAAGGCCCUCGUGGACAUCUCGCGGUCGUUCGACGGUGGGUUCCUGACGUUCGUGCUUCCUCUGAUCCUGGACGGCAUCUUCUCCAAGCUCCUGCCCAACGUGUUCAUGCCAAACACCAUCCAGAUGACGCAGAAGUAUGACUGGAGAUUUAGCCAGGUAGCCAAGCGGAAGAGGCGCGAUAGGGCGCUGCAGGUUGCGAUACUGGCUGCUGCGCUGGGGGCCAUGGGGACAGUCGCGUUCAUGGUGGUUAGGACACUGGUGGGGCUGAUGAUGCGCGCGAUGACGGGGGGCUUGGCGGCGUAA